CCCACCUGUGCCCAGCAGUGCGCCCACUAGCUCCUCCCACCUGUGCCCAAUAGCUCCGCCCACAUGUGCCCAGCAGUGCACCCACCUGUGCCACCCAGCAGUGCCACCCACCUGUGCCCACCAGUGCCACCCCACCUGUGCCUACCAGUGUCACCCACCUGUGCCCACCAGUGCCACCCACCAGUGCCCAUCAGUGCAGCCCAGCAGUGCUGCCAGUCAGUGCCACCAGUCAUCAGUGCCACCUAUCAGUGCUGUCUAUCAGUACCCUUCAUCAGUGCUGCCUACCAGUGCCGCCUGUCAGUGCCGCAUAUCAGUGCCGCCUAUCCGUUAAACCUCAUUAGU